AUGGCUGAUGAUCUAGAGGCACGUCUUGAGAGCCACGCUCAGGCAUUUGAGGGUCUUCUUUCCCUGAUUCCCGCCAAUGAAUACUACUCAAAAGAUAACAGCGACCAAUGGCAGCGCAAGAAACAGACAAAAGAGCAAAAGCGCCAAGCUAAGCGCGCAAAACUCGACCCUGCAAACCAGAAGUCCGCAAAAGACGUCAUGGAUGAGAACGAGCGCAAGAGAAAGCGAGAGCUAGGAAUCGACGAAGAUGACGAGGAUUCUUCUGCACAAAUCGAUUUGCCCGCCGACGCAGACCAACCGAGCAAGAAGCAAAAGGUUGACGAAGAGGACGACAGCGAGGACGAUGAUGCCGACGCCACAUCAAGCAGCAAAAAGACACAGGCAGACAAGAGAAAGGAGAAGCGCCGUCUGAAGAAGGAAAAGGCCGACAAGCAAAAGGCAAAGCUGGACGCCAAAAAGGCUGCUCGCAAGCAGGAACCUCAAUCUGCUGCUGGCGCUGAAGAAUCUGCCGAUGAGGAAAUGGAAGACGCCGGCAACGAAUCUGUCGACGAAGCCGCCGACGACGCAAUGGACUUCUCUGGCCUAGUCGACAACGACGAAACCUCCACCCCAGCAAGCCCCGAGCAAGCUUCUGUAUUCGACAACUCCGCAAACCAGUCUGUCACAUCCUCCUCAUCUUCAAUAGUCCCCGCCUCGAAUCCUACCGAAGGAGAUGCAACCACCACUACAAAGCCUAAGAAGGCACUCGCCCUUAAGCUGCCAGAGGUCAACGCAGAGGAACUGCAAGCUCGUCUGAAGGCCCGUAUCGAGGCACUCCGUGCUCAGCGCAAGGCCGACGGUCCUAACGGUGCCGCCCCUCGCAAUAGACAGGAGUUGCUCGAGUCGCGUCGCAAGAAGGAGGAAGCCCGUAAGCAGCACAAGAAGGAGUUGCGUCUGAAGGCAAAGGAGGAGGAGGAGCGUCUGAACAACGAGCGCCUGCGCGGUAGCGGCAGUCCGCUCGCCACACCCGACAUCUUCUCACCGCGCGCUGUAGACGAGAACAACUUCUCCUUCGGCCGUGUCGCAUUCGAUGACGAGGAGACCGAUCCCACCCUUGGUUCCAUUGCCGCUCACAAGAAGAAGAAGGGUCCCUCAGACGUCAAGACCGCCUUGGCCGCAGCCGAGAAGAAGGCCCAGCGACUCGCCGGCAUGGACGAGGAGAAGCGCAAGGAGAUUGAAGAGAAGGACAUGUGGCUCAACGCAAAGAAGCGCGCCCACGGCGAACGCGUCAAGGACGACCAAUCCCUCCUCAAAAAGACCUUGAAGCGCAAGACAGACCAAAAGACCAAGAGCGCCACACAAUGGAACGAACGCCUCGACAACGUCAAGAAGGGCAAGGAAAUGAAAGACAAGAAGAGAACCGAGAACCUAAACAAGAGACGCGACGAAAAGGGCUCCAAGAAGGGCGGCAAAAAGGGCAGCAGCAGUGGUGGUGCCAAAAAGAAGGCAAGACCGGGCUUUGAAGGCAGAUUCAAGGCUUGA